CGUCUCAGGGUGUUCACGGCCUGGCUUUGGUGAGUGGAAUUGAGGAGCUGGAAAUUGAUGGUCUGCCGCGCCUGGGGCAAGAAAAGAGAGAGGGAGACAAGAGGUUCCUUUUCAGACCAUGGCAACAUACCUGGAGUUUAUCCAGCAAAAUGAGGAGCAAGAUGGCAUUCGUUUCAGUUGGAAUGUAUGGCCAUCUAGCCGCCUUGAGGCUACAAGAAUGGUUGUCCCUCUGGCAUGUCUAUUUACUCCCUUAAAAGAACGUCCAGAUUUACCUCCAGUACAAUAUGAACCUGUACUUUGUAGCAGGCCAACUUGUAAAGCGGUUCUCAAUCCACUUUGUCAGGUUGAUUAUCGAGCUAAGCUUUGGGCCUGUAAUUUCUGUUUUCAAAGAAAUCAGUUCCCUCCAGCAUAUGCAGGCAUAUCCGAAGUGAAUCAACCUGCAGAAUUGAUGCCCCAAUUUUCCACAAUUGAGUACAUAGUACAGCGAGGACCUCAGACACCCUUGAUUUUUCUCUAUGUGGUUGAUACUUGUCUGGAAGAAGAAGACCUUCAAGCUCUAAAAGAGUCUCUACAGAUGUCCUUAAGCCUUCUUCCUCCAGAUGCUUUGGUGGGUCUAAUCACUUUUGGUAGAAUGGUGCAGGUUCAUGAGUUGAGCUGUGAAGGAAUCUCAAAAAGCUAUGUCUUUCGAGGAACCAAGGAUUUGACAGCAAAGCAAAUACAGGAUAUGUUAGGCCUUACCAAACCAGCUAUGUCUACUCAGCAAACAAGACCUGUUCAGCCACAGGGACAACCUUUUAUUUCAAGCAGGUUUCUGCAGCCUGUUCAUAAGAUUGACAUGAACCUGACAGAUCUUCUUGGGGAAUUACAAAGGGACCCAUGGCCAGUAACUCAAGGAAAAAGACCUUUGCGAUCUACAGGUGUUGCUUUGUCCAUUGCUGUUGGCUUAUUGGAGGGCACUUUUCCAAAUACUGGAGCAAGAAUUAUGUUGUUUACUGGAGGUCCACCCACUCAAGGACCAGGCAUGGUAGUUGGAGAUGAAUUGAAGGUUCCUAUUCGUUCCUGGCAUGACAUAGAGAAAGACAACGCACGUUUUAUGAAAAAAGCAACCAAGCACUAUGAAAUGCUCGCUAAUCGUACUGCUACAAAUGGUCACUGCAUUGAUAUUUAUGCCUGUGCCCUUGAUCAAACUGGUCUUCAGGAAAUGAAGUGUUGUGCAAAUCUUACUGGUGGACAUAUGGUGAUGGGAGAUUCCUUCAAUACAUCUCUCUUCAAGCAGACGUUCCAAAGGGUUUUUAGUAAAGACUUCAAUGGAGAUUUUCGAAUGGCAUUUGGUGCUACUUUGGAUGUUAAGACUUCUCGAGAAUUAAAGAUUUCAGGAGCGAUUGGUCCAUGUAUAUCUCUAAACGUGAAAGGGCCAUGUGUGUCAGAAAAUGAAUAUGGCAUUAGUGGUACUAGUCAGUGGAAAAUCUGUAGUCUGGAUCCCACGACAACCCUUGGCAUCUACUUUGAAGUAGUUAAUCAGCACAAUGCACCAAUACCUCAAGGAGGCAGAGGAGCAAUUCAGUUUGUUACCCAGUAUCAGCAUUCCAGCACUCAGAGACGAAUCCGAGUGACAACGGUUGCCAGAAGUUGGGCAGAUGCACAGAAUCAGUUCCAGCAUAUAGAAGCUGCUUUUGACCAGGAAGCUGCUGCAGUAUUGAUGGCUCGGCUUGGAGUGUUCAGAGCUGAAUCAGAAGAGGGACCUGAUGUUCUUCGAUGGCUAGACAGGCAAUUAAUCAGACUGUGUCAGAAAUUUGGACAGUAUAACAAAGAGGACCCCAGUUCUUUUAGAUUGUCAGAUUCGUUUUCUUUGUAUCCUCAGUUCAUGUUCCAUCUUCGAAGAUCCCCAUUUCUUCAAGUGUUUAAUAACAGUCCAGAUGAAUCAUCUUAUUACCGGCAUCAUUUUGCCCGACAAGAUUUGACCCAAUCCCUUAUCAUGAUCCAGCCUAUUCUUUAUUCUUAUUCUUUUCACGGUCCACCUGAGCCAGUACUUUUAGACAGCAGCAGUAUUUUAGCUGACAGAAUUCUACUGAUGGAUACCUUUUUCCAAAUUGUCAUCUACCUUGGUGAGACCAUAGCGCAAUGGCGUAAAGCUGGCUAUCAGGACAUGCCUGAGUAUGAAAAUUUUAAGCAUCUUUUACAAGCUCCAUUGGAUGAUGCUCAGGACAUCCUGCAAACUCGAUUCCCAAUGCCAAGAUACAUCAACACUGAACAUGGAGGUAGUCAGGCUCGAUUUCUCUUGUCGAAAGUCAAUCCAUCUCAGACACACAAUAAUUUGUAUCCUUGGGGACAGGAAUCUGGAGCCCCAAUAUUAACAGAUGAUGUUAGUCUGCAGGUAUUCAUGGAUCAUUUGAAAAAACUGGCAGUAUCAAGUGCCUCUUAAAUUGAGAAAGUAGCAGGAAUAUUCAAGAAAGAAGACAAUAACUAGACUAUGUUCAUAACUGUUUGAAACAUUUACUACAUUCCUUUUACUUUAUUGUAAAGAUUUUAAAAUGUCAUCAUGUAUCCCAUAUAUUCAAAAGCAGUUUUUUUUUACAUAGUUUUGAUUUUUAAUUUAUUUGUACUCAUCACUUUGUUCUGUCUUUUUUCAUGAACUGUAACGUAGUUCAUUGAUGUUUUGGAACUUACAGGUUUUUAAUCAGCUUUCUUUAUCCUAACAUUAUAAUAUUCUGUAGAAACUAUGGAAAACUUUUGCAACUCCCUCAAAUGAAGGAAUAAUGGGUGUGAAGAAAAUAAACUGGAUGGGGAGAGUACUAGCUAAAAAGGUAUUAUAGGAAACUUGAGUUCCUGUUGUUUUGUUCAGAGAAUUUACCCAUAUUACCCAUAAUGUACUUCCUAGAAAGACAAUGUAUCUGUGUAUAGAACGCUGGUCCUGGUACCAGGAAGAAAUGAGGUCAACAGUCAUACUUGGAAAACUUCCUUACUCAUGUUUCCUUGGCUAAGACACUUAAUGCCCUAGGCAGCCAUUUCACUAAGAUUGCAGAGUAGGUGCCAACCUGCAUUAGGAGAGGAAGUUUUUCAUUGAGGACUAUAUAUGGGGGGUGGGGGAGGGGGAGAGUUUCACACUAAGAAGGAGAUCCCUGCAGGCCACACAUUUGAUACCUCUGGCCUCAGUUUGACACAUUGGGAUCACAGUUCCAGUCUCUGUCCCUGCCUUAUCUUUCCUGAACUUCAUUCUUUAUUUAUCCUCUAAAUAAUAAUAGGAAAAGCACGCCAGUAGUGUCACAUUAGAAUAACAUGAUUGAGGGGGCCAGGUCCAAACUGAUGCCCCCUGAGCCACCUUGACAGCGCUAAGCAAGGAGUAAGUACAAUCUGAAUACGUCUCUAAAUUGAGUCCACAAGCAUUUAAAAAUAUUUAUUAUUGGUGUAUUGUUGCAUAUAUGUGCUAAGCACUAAGAAAGGCAAUCCUCUUACCCUCCCUUCCAAAAAACAAAGCCCUACAAUCUCUGUUUUCAAGAAUUCAUAGUGUUAAUGGAGGAGAGAGCAUGGAACGAAGGAUAAAAUACAGGAUAAAUUUGAGAGAGGCCCUAAGGAAGAAACAUUUAUGAAAGUUGAAUGUGCUAGGCACUCUGCUAAGGGGUCUAAAAUUAGCUCAUUUCAUCCUUACAACACCCCUGAAAGUGCUAUUAUUAUCAACCACAUUUUACAUGUGAAGAAAUAGCUAGACAGAGACUGAAUGAUGCUCUGACGGUCAUACAACUUACUAAGCAUCUGAGGCUGAAUUUAAUUAAGGCUUCCUGCCUCUAGACCAGAUCUCUGUGCAUUUUGGCACCCCUUGGCUUCUUUGGCUCUAAAAUGGAGCACAAAAAUGGGCUUCUGACAUAGGGUAAAACUUGGAGUUGGAAGGCUUUGAGAUGAUCCAGGCUUGGGAGAAUGCCCAGAAUCAGGAGUUAGUGUUUUGGUUGAGGUAUAACUAGUAAGAGGUCAGUGUCAUUGAAUGAUGGGAGAUAAGACUGAUGAUAGAGUAUAAUGAGUGGUUGUCAUAGUCAUGUGCCACUAGAGAAAAGUAUUUUUCUUUUUUUCUUUUUUUUGAUAAUUACCAGAUAAUUUGUAAGUAGUAGUAAUGCCAUUAGAAUAAUAGCUCUCAAAAACAAAACAAAAACUUUGGGGUAAGCCAGGUGGUUCAGUAGAUAGAAUGUUGGGCUUGGAGUUAAGAAGGCCAGACUUCAUAUGUGGUUUCAGACAGUAAGCUGUGUGACCCUGAGCAAGCUAUUUAACUCUAAUUGCUUCUAGAGUGGGGGAAAUCCUUGGCUUUCUCUUUAAGGAAAGACCUGUCUUGUUCUCGUUGGGCUUUGUCAGUAAGAACAGUCUUCAAGUAGAAGGAGAUUCUUUGUCUCACAACUAAAUAUCCAUGUAAGGCCUACUCAAUAAGUUCCAGGGCCAAAAACACCUUUUAGUCUACCUUUUAGAUGACUGGCAGGGGGAUGGCAUUAGAGAUAAAAUGAAGCUGAUGGCAAUCCUACCUACCUAUGCAUUUCCUCUUAUACCCAAACCUUUUUGGUGGGUUCUUACCAUUCUGUCUGUGUCUAGUUGAAAAGCCACUCUCCCUUCCCCUCUCCUAUCAUGAAGAGGUGUCUGAGAACCUCUAACAGACUUUAGGAUCCCCUAAUAGUCUUUCCCCAAUGAUUAUUGUUAAGUACAUAUUCAAAAGAAGGCUAUUAGUGUUGAAAGAGUUGUGGGAAAAUAGAUAAUACAUUUUUGGUGAAGUUUUUAAAAAAAUAGAAUCAUUUUGGAAAGUGAUUCACAAUUAUACAGCAUAUAAGAGAACAAGACAGUAAAAACUAGAGCCUCUAUUUGAAUUGGCUUACCUUGUUACCUUGAGAACAGAGAUUACAUGUGUUUUAUUUUUCUAUUUGUAACACCAGCACUUGGCCUUGUGCUGUACUAAUAGGAAUAAAUGUUUUAGUUAAAGACAAUACUUUCUGUUCCAUUUCAUGAGGACAAGGAUUUUAUUUAUCUCAACUUUUUCCCUUAUCCUUAAACCAUGUGAUAUAGUGGUCCCAUUUCUAUUUGACUUUGAUGCAAUUCUUUGAGUACAGUGAUCCCUUCCACAUCUCAGGGGUAGGGGUGCACUACCUCCCUGAUCUGAAAAAAAUCUGUAAAGUCUUUUGGAUCUCCCUUUGUACCAGGGAAGUCUGAAAUUUGUCUCUUUUAUGAGGUGUUUACAGUAUCUUAUUGUAAAAUUUGUUGUAAAAUUAAGUAUUUGAUCAAAGAUUGUGUCAUCUGCAGCUUCUAAAAAAUCCCUCAAGUUCCCAUUUAAUUUCAUAUGCUAAUGCAAGAUGUAUUGAGAUGUGGAUAACUGUACUGGGUUUGGAGCAACUGUUUGUUUCAAUCAUUCACAAUGAGAAAGCUGGGAACUGUAUUGAGUUUAGAGACAGCUGGGAACAUUUAUAUGAACUGAUUCAAAGAGAACAAUUUAUACAAUAACAAUAUUGUGACAACUCCAUCUUGGAUCAAUGUAGUGACCAAUCAAAUUCCAAAGGACUCUUGAUGGAACAUGCUAUCUUUAUUGACAAAUGAAAAAUGAGACUUUUAAAAAUUAGUUCAUAUAGAAAUUUGUUUUGCUUGACUAUACAUAUUUGUAAUAAAUUUUUUUCUUUUUAAUGAGGAAGGGAGGUAGGAACAAGAGAAGACAAAUUUGCUUGAUUGAACAAAAAUUUGUUUAAAAAAAGAUGAAAAAAAUUGUUUGCCAGACAUUGUACUAGAUGAUGGAAAUAUAAAGACCAAAAUGAAACAAGUCUUGCUCUUAAAGGAAUUUAUUGGGGGGGGG